ACACCGGACAGAGUGCGUUCCGCCGAUCAUCUCCGUCCCUCCCCUCAGCAAGCAGAUUGCCUGUGACGACAGCCAGUCACAGUGUUGUGAGUGCGAGGCUGUGGAGAGAGACUGCAUCAAGGAACGAGAACAGCGCGCUUGCAUCGGAACGGUGUGUGGGAGUUGUUCUCUCUCUACCUGCCAUUUUCAUUCCUUCUUUAUUCUCCACACUGAUUCUCUGAAGAGUUCAGUCGCACAGGGAGUCCCAUUACCGAGGAAUUAUCUGGCUGUGUGUGUGUAUGUGUGUGUCUGUGAGUGUGGGUUGCCUGUUUUAACUACGUACAGCUCUCUAGAACCGCGGCACUGCCGUUGCGGAGAAACUCAUUGGAAAUCUGCAAGAAACGACUGGCUGUUGUAUUUCCUUCCCCCGCACCACCCUCGGUUGUUUUGUUUUUUUGUAAGCUGUCUUUCACGGCGAUGGACUUGAGAUAGUGCGUCUCAAUUUGAGUGUUUGUGGCUGGGAGUUGCCGUCGGGGAGAAAUGCGAAAGGAUGCUUGGAAGCAGUGAAGAAUACAGCAGGUAACCGAUAAGAUGGCGGCUGGGGAAGCGACUGGGCACAGCUACCUGGUGGCUUGCUGGCAGCCCAUUCUGAUCCUGAUGCUCGGCACCGUGCUGUCUGGCUCCACAACAGGUUGUCCAUCCCGCUGUGAGUGCAAUGUUCAAGAGCGCUCUGUGAUGUGCCACCGCAAGAAGCUUAUGACAGUUCCCGAGGGCAUACCUGCAGAAACAAGACUGCUGGACCUCAGCAAAAACCGCAUUAGAACCAUCAACCCAGACGAGUUUGCCAACUUUCCCAACCUCGAACACCUGGAGCUCAGUGAAAACACAAUCUCCACUAUUGAACCUGGAGCGUUCAACAACCUUUACGGCUUGCGGACAUUGGGGCUGCGUAGCAACAAGCUUAAACUGAUCCAGCUCGGUGUCUUCACAGGCCUGAGCAAUCUCACACAGCUGGACAUUAGUGAGAACAAGAUCGUCAUCCUGUUGGACUACAUGUUCCAGGAUUUGUACAACCUCCGGUCUUUAGAGGUGGGUGAUAACGACCUGGUUUUCAUCUCCCACCGGGCUUUUCAUGGCCUAAGUAGCCUUGAGCACCUGAGUCUUGAGAAGUGCAACUUGUCUUCUGUGCCAACAGAGGCUUUUACCCACCUUCACAGUUUGAUCACUCUCAGGCUGCGCCUCCUCAAUAUCAAUGUCAUACGGGAUUAUUCCUUCAAACGGCUCUAUCGGCUGAAAGUGUUGGAAAUAGCCAAUUGGCCAUAUCUGGAUACGAUGACCCCAAAUUGCUUGUAUGGAUUAAAUCUCACCUCCCUGACCAUUGCAAAUGCCAACCUGACCACAGUUCCUUAUGUAGCCCUGCGGCACUUGGUUUAUUUGCGCUUUCUUAAUCUUUCAUAUAACCCUAUCCACACAAUUGAGGGGAAUAAGCUCCAUGAUCUUCUGCGUCUGCAGGAAUUUCACCUAGUAGGAGGCAGACUGGCAAUGAUUGAGCCCUACUCUUUCCGUGGUCUAAACUACCUGAAGAUUCUAAAUGUGUCUGGAAACUCUCUUAGCACUUUAGAAGAGUCUGCUUUCCAUUCUGUUGGCAACCUGGAAACCCUUGCCUUGUAUGAUAAUCCCCUGGCCUGUGACUGCCGACUGUUAUGGGUUUUCCGACGACGCUGGAGACUGAACUUCAACAGGCAGCAGCCAACCUGUGCUUCCCCUGAGUUUGUCCAAGGCAAAGAAUUCAAAGACUUCCCGGAUGUCCUGCAGCCUAACUACUUCACGUGUCGCAAGUCUAGGAUUAGGGAUCGCAAACCCCAGCAGAAAUUUGUUGACGAGGGAGCCAUUGUUCAUUUUGCUUGCCAAGCAGAUGGAGAUCCUGCUCCAGUGAUAAUGUGGCUAUCCCCGCAGAAAAAGUUUAUCACUACCAAGACAAUUGGAAGGCUCUCCGUGUUGCCAGACGGUACCCUUGAGGUUCGCUAUGCCCAGAUUCAGGACAAUGGUACAUAUGUGUGUAUAGCUAGCAACGCAGGCGGAAAUGACACCGCUCUUGCUCACCUGCACAUUCAUAGCUACUCGCCUGACUGGCCACACCAGCCCAACAAGACUUUUGCCUUCAUCUCCAACCAGCCCGCAGAAACUGGUGCUAAUGGUACAAGAGCCAAUGCUCCUUUCCCCUUUGAUAUAAAGACGUUGAUCAUUGCUACCACUAUGGGCUUCAUCUCUUUCCUCGGUGUCGUCUUGUUUUGCCUGGUACUGCUCUUUCUUUGGAGCAGAGGUAAAGGCAACACUAAGCACAACAUUGAGAUUGAGUAUGUGCCACGGAAAUCGGACGCUGGCAUGAGCAGCAACACAGUGGAUGCUCCUCGCAAGUUUAACAUGAAAAUGAUUUAACGGAGCUGUGGAAUUUAUUAAUUUUGAACUAAAAAAUAAGAAAAAUGGAAAAGAAGACAUUUCUUUCCUCCCUUACAAACCUGUGGAUCCUGGUCUGUUAACAUAGAGUUACUGUAUAUGUUUUUUCUUGACUGAAGCACUAAAGAGGAGGGCAGUUCCAGACUUUCACAAGUGAAAGCACAACCAGUGCUACAGGGCACUGGUGGUUUCUACAAGGCCUGUGGGGGCAUUUAUUGUAAGUCAAAUUUGUCAUAAGCAGUUCUCCUGUGGAUUUAUACUGGGAAAAAUAUAUCGGAAAAGAAAAACACUUCAAACAGCCAGAAUGCGGGGGGCAGAUCAUAUUUUGGCCAUUGCUGUUUUGUGUCUGUAUUUUUUAUUUAGUGUUGUUUUUUUUAUUUCCAAGGUUAAAUGUCAAGUUAUGAAUGAGAUUUUUAUGGGUUGAUGAGCACAUUUAUACAUUAAUAACAUUGAUGCUUUUCAAGUACAUCAUCACUAUGUGCUACAUAUGGUCUGUUUGUGUUCCUACAGUGAUGAUUGUUUUGUAUAUCUGUAUCACAAUACCUGAUAAAAGAGAAAGAGUAUGUCCCAGAAAUUAGCAGAAAUACUUAGCAUAGUAUGGCACAAUUAUAUUAUGGGAAAUACAAAACUGUUAGUGAUGACUAUAUAAAAUUCAAUUUGAAAGUCACAGCAGCUAAUUGGUGGCCCCCUUCUUGACCAAGAAAGUACAGUGAAGGAAACUGUAAAACAGUUUACAGUUGUCAUUAUUUGACCUGAAAAACGGAAUGAUAUACAAAUAUAAAUGCUCUGAAUAUAUGUAGAUUCAGUGAUAUAGAGAUACAUUAGUUCAACUUUUACUUUUAAAACCAAUUGUCAGUAAUGCACUGUAAAAAAUAUUUUUUUAGAAUGACAAAUAUAACAAUAUCAAGUGUUGAAGAGUAGCAGCAAAUCCUGUUGUUAAAUGUGACUCUUAAUAUAGGAUUUUAGCAUUGGGGAAAUAUAAUGAAGCCUUUUGAGCCCAGUAUCUGAUAUCAGUGUCACUCAUCCCUAAUUUGUAUAUGUAACCCAGAAAAUGCACACACAUGGAUUGUGAUACAGUAGCAAAUGUGAGAUGCUGCUCGUUAUGAUGGGAUCUGUACCAACAAUGGAUGCAGCAUAUAUCCUACAGUUUUGCCAUGGAACAGAAAGGUUAGUGUUGGUACAUUAUACUAUACUGCUUAUCCCUGACUUUUUAAAUUGCAUUUCAAAAGCUAUUAUGUAUUGGUAUAAUUUUGUGCUCAACAUGAUAGUAAGGAAUAAAAGUUGUGGUGCUCACGUUUUUGGAUACAAUGUGCUCCUCAAAAUGUAGAAUAUUCUUUUCAUUGUUGUUUAUUUUUUUUGAUUGUUUUAUGAAAUCAAUGACUUAUUGAUGCCGAUGCUCCCCCCAUCAAAGCCAUGGAAAUAUUACCUUCCAGGAUCAUUUACAGGUUUGCUAUUCCCCAGAAAUGUGCAAUGUUUUGUCAGGGGAAAAAGAACUGUGCAUAUUUGGUUCCCAGUUGGUCCUGCAUAUUAAAUCUGAGGUUACAGCCUUUCUUUGUCAAGUACACACUGUGGACAGCUGGGCUUUGCAAACGUGUGUAAGGAUAAAGGCUAAGUUAUUUAUGAUGGAUGACAUUACAGACAACGACACAGUAAUGGGCUGAAGUAUGGAUAGAAUAUGCAGAUGGUUCGAGUGACACAGAUGGUUUCACCCAUGGAGCAAUCUGAAGCAGCUUUGGUGUAAUCCGUUUUGCAUAAAGGAAAAAAAAAAAUCACUGGAUAUGGCUCAUGGUUCUCCCUCUUGCUGAUUAUGAAUGCUCUCUUCGUUCAAAGUGUGGCUACUGUACUUAGCCUUUUUUUGGUCCCGAGUGACCCGGGAUUCUGUUUUUUGUUCCUUGUUAUUCCUUUUUUUUAUUUUGACCCUGGACUAUACUGACCAUGUAGUCCAAGCCAACUUUUUACAAAAAAAAAAGAUACUAAAAAAGAAAUCUAUGGAAAACACAUUCAAAUUGUUCUGUGCAAUAAAAGGUAAUAUGCAGAUUUUUUUUUUUUAUUAACAAAAUUUUGUUGAUGUUGAAUUGUUGAGAAUAUGGUAUGUUGUAUUAAACAAUCUAUGGACUUUUUUAAACA